AUGCUCCCCGGAAGAGGAGGAGGAGAGGCCCAGGACUGGCAUUUGGACAUGCAGCUGACAGGCAAGGUGGUGCUGUCUGCCGCUGCCCUGCUCCUGGUGACCGUGGCCUACAGGCUGUACAAGUCGAGGCCUGGCCAGGCCCCACGGGGGGACAGGAACGCCAAGGCCGAGGCCAAUGAGGAGGCCGAGGGCUCCGGGCAGCCUGCGGUCCAGGGGGCUACUCCCGGGGCGCCGCACUGGGCGCUGAGACGCCGGAGGGGAAGCAAGGGGACCAGAGAGGCGCCGGGCUGUGGCUGGGAGAAUCGGGGCGACUCCCAAGUCCUGGCAACAGGACGCUCUCCCAAAGACUCAGAAGCCCAAGAAGCUCGGGAGCCCGCGGAGAAGGGCGCUGGUGAGGAAGGGGGUGGGCGGCACCCGGACUCUGAGCCGGCGCCUCCUGGCUGCGGUGGCCGGGAAGCCGGGACAGCUGCUGGCCCUACGCCCGAGCGGCCCCACCACCCCCAUUUGGGCAGCGAGUCCCAGAGCUCCCACGCUGGUCUCGCCACAGCAGCCGGCCGCAGUGAGGGCGGCGAGCCUGCCCCGUGGCUGGACGGUGGCCCCCCGGGGCAACCAGGGUCCCGGGAGCAGGAGGCUGCCCCCACCAACUGGAUGGCCCACGUGGAAGGCAAGAGCGACGUGAGCAAGAGCUGGGUCUUCACCCGCGUGACGGGGGUCCACAGGGAAGAGGCCGGGGCCCUCCAGGCCACCGUGGACAUGGGCCUGACCCUGCCUCAGCAGGAGGGAGCCUCCAGCACCUCUUACACCUACUCGUCGGUGGCCUGGGUUCGUGUGGAGGAGAAUUUCCUACAGGACAAGGGGGAGGGGGCCGGGCCCAGGCUGAAGGGCAAGGUGUACGAUUACUAUGUGGAAUCCACCUCCCGGGCCACCUCCAAGGGCAGGCUGGCCCCCAGAACAGCUGCCCUGGCUGAGUGUCCGGCCCCCGUGCCACCACCAGGACCCCCGGGAACAGAGACAGCUUCAGGAGGCCAAGCCGCUGACCAGGAAGGUGGAACCGAGACACCCACCUGCCCCCAGCCUGUGCCGACGCCCUCCACGCAAGGCUUCAGCAGGAAGGACAGCCUCCUCCAGAUCCUGGAGAACCCAGAGCUCCAGCUGCAGCUCGAUGGCUUUGGGGCCCCCACUCCGUCCUGCCCAGACGGGAGUGCCCUGCCUGGCCGCCCCCUCCCCGGGGCUCCUCUCGGGGCCAGCUCAGCCGGAAGCAGCGGGGAGCCCCAUGUGCAGCUGGUGGCAGGGACCAAUUUCGUCCACCUCCCGCCGGCCCCUGGCUCCGCCCCGGGCGUCCACCUGGAUCUGGGCAACUGCUACCAGGUACUGACCUUGGCCAAGAGGCACAAGCUGGGGGCGCUGCAGGAGGCAGCCUACAAGGUGAUGAGUGACAACUAUCUUCAGGUGCUGCGCAGCCCAGACGUCUACGGGUGCCUGAGCGGGACCGAGCGGGAGCUGAUCCUCCGGCGCCGGCUGCGGGGCCGCAAGCACCUGGUGGUGGCCGAUGUGUGCCCCCAGGAGGGCUCCGGCCGCCUCUGUCGCUAUGACGAGGAGAGGGACGCCUGGCACCCGCUGGUCCGUCUGCCCCCCGAGGCUGUGUCCCGAGGCUGUGCCCUCUGCAGUCUCUUCAACUACCUCUUCGUGGUGUCCGGCUGCCGGGGGUCUGGGCGCCAGCCCUCCAACCGCGUCUUCUGCUACAACCCGCUGACGGGGAUCUGGAGCGAGGUGUGCCCGCUGAACCAGCCCCGGCCGCACUGCCGGCUGGUGGCCCUGGACGGCCACCUGUACGCCAUUGGGGGCGAGUGUCUGACCACGGUGGAAUGCUAUGACCCCCGCCUGGACCGCUGGACCUUCGUCCCACCGCUCCCCAGCGACACGUUCGCGCUGGCACACACGGCCACGGCGUGCGCCGGUGAGAUCUUCGUCACGGGCGGCACCCUGCGCUGCCUGCUCCUCCGAUUCUCCGUCCGGGAGCAGCGCUGGCAGGCCGGGCCCGCGGGGGGCGGCAAGGACCGCACGGCCGAGAUGGCGGCGGUCAACGGCUUUCUCUACCGGUUUGACCUCCGUCGCAGCCUGGGCAUCGCCGUGUGGCGCUGUAGGGCCAGCGCCCGCCUCUGGUAUGAGUGUGCCACGCAGCGGACGCCUUGCCCCGACGCCUUCCGGUGCGCCGUGCUGGGGGACCUCAUCUACUGCGUGGGCCGCCGGCGCACGCUCUGCUUCCUGGCCGACCCCAUCUCGCCCAGGUUUGUGCCCAAGGAGCUGCGGAGCUUCCCCUCCCCGCGGGGCACCCUCCUGCCCACCGUCCUGACCCUGCCCGUCCCCGAUGUGCCCCAGACCAGGGUCUAG